AUGCCCACAACACCCUCACCAAAGCCCAGGUAUGUCACCAACCCCAAGAGGUUGAGGUUGCUGUUCCCUCUGUCCAGGACCAUCUGCACCUUUGUCACCGUGCCUGGAGGAAGACCCGGGCUGCCCUUCUUCGUGCCUCCGACAGGACCCAGUCCCAAGCCAACCGUCGCUGAGCCUCAACUCCAGUCUACACCCCGGGUCAAAAGUCCGGUGUCUCCUCCUGCACCAGCUCCUCCACCCCCUCGGCUCAUCGAUGACCAUCCUGCCUAUACAGUCCGGAUUCUGGUCAUGCGCCGUCAGGGUCAUGGCUGGCAGUUCCUGGUGGCCUGGGAGGGAUACGGGCAUGAGGAGUGGGUGCCCCACCGUCACAUUCUGGACCCCUCCCUCUUACGGGAUGUCUUUACCUCACACCCAGAUAAGCCUGGUCGGGCAGCAGAAGAACCUCCCCUGCCCUUGACCUGGCUUGCUGCUCUCCCUCGCAAGCAGCAUGUCCUCAGCAGCCUGUGUUUCGGAGAACCCAAGAGGCUCUCCACUAAACUUGCUAGCCAAUCGGCGGAGUCCUCCAGCGUGACAUCAGGGUCAUGUGACCUGAGCAGGCAGAUCGUGUCCCAGUUGGAGUGCUACCUGUCCAAUGAACACCUGGCAGAGGAUGGCUUCCUGCUCAAACACGUCCAGAGGAACAGGAUGGGAUACGUCAGCCUCAAGCUGCUCACCUCCUUCAAAAAGAUGAAGGACCUGACGAGAGACUGGCGCACCACCCUGGCCGCAGCGCUGUGCUCUGAUUCGCUGGAGGUCAACAGGGAAGGGACCAAAGUGAGGCGCAGAGAGCCUCUGCCUGAUUGGCUGUUGAGUGCCCCCAACAGCAAGCUGCUACUAGCCUGGAACCUGCUUGGGGAAAACACCGGAAGUGACAUCACUACCCUCAGCAGCUUGGACCAGCAGAUAGCGCUAGAGAAAGCUCUGAAGCUGUUCAGUGCCCAUGCUGCCGUGGCCUCGCUGCGUAUCCUCCGUCCUGGGAAAGAGCUUCCUGUGGAGCUGAGACGUCAUGCCAGGAGGCAUGCCGAGCUGGGCCGCAGGACGUGUGCUGUGGUAGAGUUUGAGACCCUGGAGGGGGCCAGGUUGGCCUACCGAGCCCUGCAGAGAGGAGGAGCAGAGGGGGCCGGGGUUUGUGUCGCCAGCCUGGGCAGCCCUGGCUCGUCCCACCCCACCAACCGGCCGGCGGAGAAGGAGGGUGAGGAGGACCCCAAGCCAGAUGGAGGCCCCGAGGUGACUAAGGUGUCCCAGAAAAAUCCCAAGGUGAAAUCUAGAUGUUUCACCAACAGCUCCCUGAAGGAUCCAGUCCUGUCUAGAUGUUUCAUAAACAACUCUAUGAAGGAUCCGGAACUACUGAAGAGCUUAGAGUCUGACCCUGCCCCGGCCAAGGCCGCAGUCCCAACCCUGGGUUCAGCCCCAGCCAGGCUUUCAUGCAGAAGGAUCCAGCGCCAUAAGUCACUGGACAGCCCCCUGGGCCUGGAGGGUCAUUGCCAAACAUCACAAAGUGAUAGGCCCUCCUCCUCGGACAGCCAUGCAUCCCGCACCCCCCUGGUCCUGUCUAAGCUCCGGGACUCAAGGUCUGGAGGUGUGGGAAGGAGCAGGUGCUCUGGGGACCAUGCACAGGAGAAGGUGUCUUGCCCCUGGGUGCAGCGCCAGAAGGUGACUGCUAGCCUGGCCCUACUCCACCCGGAGACCCCGGGCAAGCUGCGGAGACAGACUCUGCCCCUGAGGGUGGUGCGUCUGCCCCAAGGACCCUACGGUACCAAGGGCUUCUAUGGAGGCAGGGGGAGAGGGAAGCUACCUCAGCAGCAGUAAUCUGUCUGUCUAUUUAACAACUAACCUCUUCUGGAUGACACCCUGUCUGUCCCUUUAAAUGUUUCGACUGAUGAAAUGAAAUAUAUUGUAGUGACGAUUGUUGCCAUGAUAACGAAAAAGUUAAGUAAUCGAAAUGAAAGAGAAAUAAAACAUUUUUCCUAUUAAA